AUGCAUCCUUCCAGCAAGGACAAGAAGGAGGAGAUCCUCAGUCGCCUAGCGAGCGCAUUGAGAGACGCAGAUGCGACAGAGGCGGCGCAGAGGACGAACCGGCGCAGCGGCGGAGAGGCGAGGGAGAGGAGGCGGAAGAAACGGACGCGAGAGACAGAAGACUGCCAGGAAGGCGGGAGCGAGGAGACGCCGGAGCCACCAGGCGCCGGGAAUCUCGCAGACGACCCGGGGCAGAGGGAGGCGACGCAGCAAGAGACGGGGAGGGCGGCGGAAGACGCAUCAGAGGAAGGUCGUGGGAAGCCACAGGGGAGCGGAGAGAGGAGCAAGGCGAAGAGAAACGGGCAAGGCGCGGAAGACGCAGGAGACCCAGGAGAGGACCGGCUCGGGACACGCGAGGGACCGGGAGGAAGAGAAGAAACCAGCCGAGCCGUCACACAGGAGUCGUGUAGGAGUCCGGCGGGAAAGGCAGGCGACGCCAAAACUGAGAAGAUCUCGAAGGGGAGACAACGCGAGACUGAAGAAGAAAAGUGUGAAGAGGAGACAGAGAGACAGCCAGCAAGAUGCGGCGAAUGCGGCAGAAGGCUGAACAAGAGAGCAAAGUUUUGUGGGGGCUGCGGCGCACCGGCCGGAGCGGCUGCGCGAGAGACACUGCGCGUCUUCAUUGAAAACCACUUUCUUCCCAUUCGAGAACAAGAAGUCGGCGAACACACGCGUCGCGUCGAGCGAGGAUUCUGGAAGUCCAUCCUCGAGGUGCUGGGCGACGUGGCUGUGUCCGAGCUCUCAGGCGUGCACUGGGAACGGUACCUAAAAGUCCUCAAGAAACGAAACUGCUCGCCGAGGACGCAAACCCUCCACCAAAUCGCCUACCAGGCCGCCCUUCGCUACGGUGUACACACCGGACGCCUGCCGCGAUCACACGAUUUCCGGCGAAUCCGCGGAUGCACAAAGCGCACCCUGCAGUCCGAGCCCCUUCGGGCGAGAGAGGUCCCACGGCUGUUGGAUGCAGCAGGAAGCGUCAUGCAUCGCGCCAUGUUUGCUGUGGGCAUCGGCAUCGGACUGCGACCGAGCGAACUGCUUCGCUUGCACUGGGAGGACAUUGACUGGAGAAGCAAUAUCGCGUCAAUUAGAGGCUCGAAAACAGCGGCCUCGCGCGCAGCCGUUCCCCUCACCGAUCUCGCAAGAAGAGAGCUCUUCAAAUGGUGGGAGAAGGAAGGCAGCCCGGCCUCGGGGCUGUGUUUCUACGCGGAGGGCGCGAGGCGGCCGUUCCAGAGUGGCAAGCGCGACGAGCAGCACGCGGCGGGCAGCGAGGAGGCGAACGGCGAGGCGGAAGAAGUUGGAAGAAAGGCGAAGAGCCCCAUGAGGAGCUUUAAGAAGGCCUUACAGGCUGCAGCGAAAAGAGCAUCCCUCGAGACAACCCCGGACGGCGAGCGCCGGCGAAUCUUCCCGUAUCUGCUGAGACAUUCUUUUGCCACGCUGGCGGCGACAUCGAAUCCGCCGGUGCCGUUGCCUGUUGCGCAGGCUGUGAUGCGUCACACGUCCUCGAAAAUGCUUCUCGACACCUACGCGAAAGCCGGUACUCUGGUCAUCAAAGAGGGCCUCAAGAACUUCAACGUCUGA